UGGUGUAUUUUACUCAAACAGGAUUUUCUAGAUUGUAAAAAGUAUCCCAGUAAACUCGAAAAGUGGCGAGAAAAAUGACGGAGGUUUUGAGCGAACGGAUCACACUGAACAUUGCGUCAAUGCGCGAUACGGAUAUCGUGCAUGACAAGACGCAACCGUGUCCUACGGAGAAGCUAUCAAUGGAGCCAAUGAAAGUCCGAGACGGGGAGGAAGGGAGCGGGAAUAAGCAGCAACAGUCGCCGGACAUUAACGCUAAUCGGCCCGGUGUGGUACCAGCAGGGAGCGGCAGUGUGAAUGCGGAAAGCACUGCUGUGGAUGUGACCGACUCGGUUCCAGCGGAUGGCGCACUCCUUGAUGACGAACAUGAGAGUUCCUUGGGAGGAUGUCACAACCCAGCCUUCGAACCAGACAGCUUGCCAGUCAAGUACAGCCAGCCGUCUUACAAAUAUCAAGAUGCCUACCUCAACGAACCAAGAAGCAGCAAAGACAGAUGCAUGGAGCAUUCUCGGACAGCUGUCGGGGUUGUUGUGGUCAUAACGACCUGCAUCUUGAUCGCUAUCAUCUUUUUCAUGGUCGGCCAUUUUUCUGCAUUGGGAUGGUCUUCAAAUGGUUCGGCACCGUCUUUAUGGUCUCCAUCUGCAACCACAGCAAUAGCAUCCGAGCCAACAAAAGCAGCAGUAGUGUCUUCAUCAUUGUCGUUACAGCAAGACUACCUCCCAAUCUAUGAUGAUCCAACGUCCGAAGAAUACAGAGCGCUUGAGCAAAAGUUUGUCUCAUAUAUCGCUGACAUUUUUCUUUCAAGCCACUUACGAGAGAGUUUUGAAAAUGUUCAAGUUGCAAGAUUUAGACCUGGUAGCAUUGUGGUCGAGUUUACAAUCACACUCAAGUGGAGUCGAUCGUCGGCAGGAGAAACCAUCGACAUCUCCAACCUUGAAGACAUCAUUAAGACAGAAGUUGAAGACGUGCUCAGAGACGGAGUCUCAAGAGACACAGAGAAGGAACUACUGGUAGAACCAGGAUCCCUUACAGUGUCCAAUGUUACAAUACUUAAGGAUGAGGACACUCCCACACCAACUCCGACACAAGAUAUUCAGACAGUAACAGAAACAAAUCAAGAUGGCCUAAACAGCGCCCUCUGUGGUCUGCGUCCAGCCAUCCAAAGCAGCGACAGCCUUCAGUUUCGCAUAGUGAACGGAAUCAAAGUUGAAAUGGGUGGCUGGCCGUGGAUGGCCUAUCUACGGUUUGAUAAUGUGACUGACGGCGGUAUAUUCUGUGGAGCUACGUUGAUCAGUGAUCGUUGGUUGACGACUGCAGCUCACUGUGUCGAGAACUCCCUAGGGCUCCAAACAAGCAACAUCGUAGUAGGUGAUAACCAUCUGAUGGAGGAGUCGCCACACCAUCAGACAGUCCCUAUAGAGCGUAUCUACUCUCACCCGGGCUACAAUACUAAGAUAUUAAACAAUGACAUCGCACUCUUGAAGUUAACCAGACCAGUGGAGAUGAAUGACUAUGUCCGACCAGUUUGUCUGGAUCUCCAGACGAACGAAGACAUCAUGGAGAAGUACACAAAAUGUUACACCGCAGGCUGGGGAAAUACUCAAUACAGAGGAAAUUUCUCUUAUGAUCUUCUGGAAGCCGAUAUGUCUCUUGUAGAGCUGGAAGAUUGUACUGAGGCAUAUGGAUUUCGUCAGGUUGUGGGGAUCACUAUUACAGAGAGGGUGUUGUGCAUUAAGGCAGCCCCAGACGCCAAUGUCUCAGCUUCUGCUUGUCAUGGUGAUAGUGGGGGACCAGUGAUGUGCAAGGGUACCGCUGGUCGUUGGAACCUGGUGGGCAUUAUCAGUCAGGGUAUACAAUGUUCCAGUAGUCCAGUUGUAGUGACCAGGGUGGCAUCUUAUAUCGACUAUAUUGCCAAUGUCAUUGAUGGAGACCCAGUUCCUGCCAAGUGUGAGUCGAUCCAUUCAGAUACCUGUGCUGCACUCCUACCCUACGAUCACACCUUCCAGACAACUCAAGGAGCCUUCGACCCCGUCAUUGCUACCAUGCUGGAGAUCGUGGCUUGCCCGUCUCUUGACCUAACUCUCUUCACCUGCAUGCUGCUCUUUGAGGGUUGCACGGAGGACGGACGAGCCAAGGUCCCGUGCCGAGAAUACUGUGACCAGAUCGUCAACCAGUGCGCGGUGGAUUACGACAAUACAACUGAUGCCCCCUGGCUGCUCGAGUUAAUUGCUCAGUGCCACUCCUUACCGGACGCUGGCAGACAAGAUCAAAUGAUCUGCUACAAAGAUGAAGACGCUCGCUGCGGUAACCAGACUGACAUUAUCUUGCCACAAGAGGGCAGCAUAACUUUACAAUCACACAACUACCCCGACUACUACGGCAUGUACCUAGACUGCACUGUACUCGUCACGGCUCCACCAGGACAUCGCGUUGUCGUCAAAGUGUGCGACAUCAAGAUAGAAGCGUGCUGUGAUACGUUGGCGUUUGGCGUAGGUCGCGACUCGCAUGACAAGAGAACAACAUUGGCAAAGUUCCACAGUGAGGAAGACGUACGAUUGGUUAUUUCUCCUGAAACUUCAAUGUGGAUAAGAUUCGCAUCACGAGACAAACUCUAUGAGGAAGGAAAGGGUUACUCCCUGGAAGUUCAUGCCGUUUUAAGUACUGAUGCAUCAGCUCUCUGCAGCAGUGACUCACUGGAUGGAUCAUUCUCCAUCCCUGAUUGGUGGAAAUGUGAUGACAUCAUGGACUGCCCAAAUGGGUUGGAUGAGACCAAUUGCAGCAGAAAACUGCCAGAUGGCCUAAACAGCGCCCUCUGUGGUCUGCGUCCAGCCAUCCAAAGCAGAGACAGCCUUCAGUUUCGCAUAGUGAACGGAACCAAAGUUGAAAUGGGUGGCUGGCCGUGGAUGGCUUAUCUACGGUUUGAUAAUGUGACUGACGGCGGUAUAUUCUGUGGAGCUACGUUGAUCAGUGAUCGUUGGUUGACGACUGCAGCUCACUGUGUCGAAAAUUCCCUAGGGCUCCAAACAAGCAACAUCGUAGUAGGUGAUAUCCAUCUGAUGGAGGAGUCACCACACCAUCAGACAGUUCCUAUAGAGCGUAUCUACUCUCACCCAGGCUACAAUACUAAGAUAUUAAACAAUGACAUCGCACUCUUGAAGUUAACCAGACCAGUGGAGAUGAACGACAAUGUCCGACCAGUUUGUCUGGAUCUUCAGACGAACGAAGACAUCAUGGAGAAGUACACAAAAUGUUACACCGCAGGCUGGGGAAAUACUCAAUACAGAGGAAAUUUCUCUUAUGAUCUUCUGGAAGCCGAUAUGUCUCUUGUAGAGCUGGAAGAUUGUACCGAGGCAUAUGGAUUUCAUCAGAUUAAGGGGUUCACUAUUACAGAGAGAGUGCUCUGCAUUAAGGCAGCCCCAGACGCCAAUGUCUCAGCUUCUGCUUGUCAUGGUGAUAGUGGGGGACCAGUGAUGUGCAAGGGUACCGAUGGUCGUUGGAACAUGGUGGGCAUUAUCAGUCGGGGUAUGCGAUGUUCCGGUUCUCCAGUUGUAGUGACCAGGGUGGCAUCUUAUAUCGACUAUAUUGCCAAUGUCAUUGAUGGAGACCCAGUUCCUGCCAAGUGUGAGUCGAUCCAUUCAGAUACCUGUGCUGCACUCCUACCCUACGAUCACACCUUCCAGACAACUCAAGGAGCCUUCGACCCCGUCAUUGCUAACAUGCUGGCGUACUUGGCUUGCCCGUCCCUUGACCUAACUCUCUUCACCUGCAUGCUGCUCUUUGAGGGUUGCACGGAGGACGGACGAGCCAAGGUCCCGUGCCGAGAAUACUGUGACCAGAUCGUCAACCAGUGCGCGGUGGAUUACGACAAUACAACUGAUGUCCCCUGGCUGCUUGAGUCGAUUGCUCAGUGCCACUCCUUACCGGACGCUGGCAGACAAGAUCAAAUGAUCUGCUACAAAGAUGAAGACGCUCGCUGCGGUAACCAGACUGACAUUAUCUUGCCACAAGAGGGCAGCAUAACUUUACAAUCGCACAACUACCCCGACUACUACGGCAUGUACCUAGACUGCACUGUACUCAUCACGGCUCCACCAGGACAUCGCGUUGUCGUCAAAGUGCGCGACAUCAAGAUAGAAGCGUGCUGUGAUACCUUGGCGUUUGGCGUAGGUCGCGACUCGUAUGACAAGAGAACAACAUUGGCAAAGUUCCACAGUGAGGAGGACGUACGAUUGGUUAUUUCUCCUGAAACUUCAAUGUGGAUAAGAUUCGCAUCACGAGACAAACUCUAUGAGGAAGGAAAGGGUUAUUCCCUGGAAGUUCAUGCCAUUUUAAGCACUGAUGCAUCAGCUCUCUGCAGCAGUGACUCACUGGAUGGAUCAGUCUCCAUCCCUGAUUGGUGGAAAUGUGAUGACAUCAUGGACUGCCCAAAUGGAUUGGACGAGACCAAUUGCAGCAGAAAACUGCCAGAUGACCUAAACAGCGCCCUCUGUGGUCUGCGUCCAGCCAUCCAAAGCAGAGACAGCCUUCAGUUUCGCAUAGUGAACGGAACAAAAGUUGAAAUGGGCGGCUGGCCGUGGAUGGCUUAUCUUCGGUUUGAUAAUGUGACUGACGGCGGUAUAGUCUGUGGUGCUACAUUGAUCAGUGAUCGUUGGUUGACGACUGCAUCUCACUGUGUCGCAUCCCCAAACGCCCUUCAGCUCCUAAUGAGCAACAUCGUAGUAGGUGAUAUCCAUCUGAUGGAGGAGUCGCCACACCAUCAGACAGUCCCUAUAGAGCGUAUCUACUCUCACCCAGGCUACAAUAAUAAGGUAUUAACCAAUGACAUCGCGCUCUUGAAGCUUACCAGACCAGUGGAGAUGAACGACAAUGUCCGACCAGUUUGUCUGGAUCUUCAGACGAACGAAGACAUCGUGGAGAAGUACACAAAAUGUUAUACCGCAGGCUGGGGAUAUACUCAAUACAGAGGAAUUCGCUCUGAUGAUCUUCUGGAAGCUGAUAUGUCUCUUGUAGAGCUGGAAGAUUGUACUGAGGCAUAUGAAGUUCUUCAGAUGUGGGGGAUCACUAUUACAGAGAGAGUGCUCUGCAUUAAGGCAGCCCCAGACGCCAAUGUCUCAGCUACUGCUUGUAAUGGUGAUAGCGGGGGACCAGUGAUGUGCAAGGGUACCGAUGGUCGUUGGAACCUGGUGGGCAUUAUCAGUCUCGGUAUGCAAUGUUCCAGUUCUCCAGUUGUAGUGACCAGGGUCGCGUCUUAUAUCGACUAUAUUGCCAAUGUCAUUGAAGGAGACCCAGUUCCUGCCAAGUGUGAGUCGAUCCAUUCAGAUACCUGUGCUGCACUCCUACCCUACGAUCACACCUUCCAGACAACUCAAGGAGCCUUCGACCCCGUCAUUGCUACCAUGCUAGAGAAUGUGACUUGCCCGUCUGUCAACCUGACUCUUUUCACCUGCAUGCUGUUCUUUGAGGGUUGCACGGACGACGGACGGGUCAAGGUCCCAUGCCGAGAAUACUGUGACCAGAUCGUCAACCAGUGCGCGGUGGAAUACGACAAUGCAACUGGUAUCCCGCUCGAGUUAAUUGCUAAUUGCGCCUCCUUACCGGACGCCGGCAGACAAGAUCAAAUGAUCUGCUACAAAGAUGAAGACGCUCGCUGCGGUAACCAGACUGACAUUAUCUUGCCACAAGAGGGCAGCAUAACUUUACAAUCGCACAACUACCCCGACUACUACGGCAUGUACCUAGACUGCACUGUACUCAUCACGGCUCCACCAGGACAUCGCGUUGUCGUCAAAGUGCGCGACAUCAAGAUAGAAGCGUGCUGUGAUACGUUGGCGUUCGGCGUAGGUCGCGACUCGUAUGACAAGAGAACAACAUUGGCAAAGUUCCACAGUGAGGAAGACGUACGAUUGGUUAUUUCUCCUGAAACUUCAAUGUGGAUAAGAUUCACAUCACGAAACAAACUCUAUGAGGAAGGAAAGGGAUACUCCCUGGAAGUUUAUGCUGUUUUAAGUGCUGCUGUCCCACACCUAUGCAAUAAUGAAUCCUCCCAGUUUCCCUACUCUCCGCUUGAUUGGUGGAAUUGUGAUGGAAUAGUCGACUGUCCAGGAGGGGUGGAUGAGGUGGAAUGCCUUUAUACUACAGUCGCACCGACAACAGAAGAUACCACAACCUUGGUAAACGAUUCGUUGGUUGAUGCUUUUAACCAAGUGGGUUGCGGUCUUCAGCCAGCGAGCUCGUCUUUCCGCAUCGUUGGCGGUUCAGACGCCGUGCCAGGCCGGUGGCCAUGGUUAGGAUCGAUGCGAUAUUACCGUGGCAAUGGAACCAGCGUUCACGGAUGUGCCGUCUCGCUAAUUGCUCCACAGUGGGUCGUCACUGCAGCGCAUUGUGUGCGUACUGCUCGUUAUAUGAUGAAUGCACCAAUUCACGUCGUGUUCGGUGAUCUCAAACGAAACCAGACAUCAUCGCAUCACGUGAGAGUUGCAGUCGAGUACGUAUACUUGCACCCCGGAUUCAAUUACAUCACCACGGAGCAUGACAUCGCAGUGUUGAAAUUAGCACAUCCCAUCACGUACACGGAUUACGUCAGGCCUAUAUGUCUGAAUACAGUCAUAGACGAGUUUGACAACUCCAGUUUUUGUUAUGUCGCUGGAUGGGGUCUAACCGACAGGAAUUCAGUGUUCUUACCGAAUCAUCAACAGGAGUUACAGUUACGACUUCUGUCUCUACCAGACUGCGUCAAGUCCAUCCAACAUCUUGGAGUCCACGGAAUCGUGACUGAAAAUAUGAUCUGUGCUGAGGGCCUAGAUGGACAGAGCCCUUGCAGUGGGGAUAGCGGUGGACCUCUGCUUUGCCGUAACCACCUUGGCGCCUGGCACCAGGUAGGAGUCGUCAGUGCUGUGUUUGGAUGCAGCUCCAAGAAUUAUCCUGGGCUUUACUCUCGAAUCGCUUCCUACAUGGAUUUCAUCAACUCGACAAUAUCUGGAGAUUCGCAACCCAGCUGUGAGACACUAGAAGCAAGCAACCAAUGCACAGACCUGGUUCCUUACACAGACAUAUACGCCACCAAUCAAUCCUACUAUGACAACUUGAUCGACGGCUUUCAAGGCUACGAGACGUGUUACGACCAGGCAGAUCUGUUUCUCUGUAUGAUGCUCACACCGGGUUGUGAACGAAGGAAUGUUCCCUGCAGAGACUUUUGCCAGGAGUUUUUUGAUAAUUGCUUCAUGGCUAAUGUGACUGGAGCCGGACUGUCGUUAUUUUGGAUCUUAGAUUGCGAAAUGUACCCCAUGGGUCCUCCUGGAGAAUUGUUCUGUACUGACGGCAAGGAUGCUCGGUGUGAAUUAAGCCACAACGGCAGCGAAAUCCACGUUCCUGACGACGAACCGUUCAUUUUGCACUCCCCGCAUUACCCGCUGUACGACGCAUCGCUCAGAUGCACUUGGCUCGUUACCGCACCCAAAACCUCUCGCUCGCUCCUCAUCAAAUUCCUUGCGUUGGACUACGACAUCGAAGACAAAAACGGUCUGGUUGUGGGGUACGGUCAUGAUAGCCAGAACCUAAGCACACAGCUUGGACAAUAUAACGGAAUUAGCAACGCAAGUCCUGUGUUGAUACCGUCCAGUCAAGCAUGGAUAUGGUUUGGGACCAUUAGUACUCCUUUAAGCCAAGGUAACAUCACUAGCAACAACACAGAUGGACUGACGGACAAACAGCCGGGAGGGUUUCAACUGGAGAUUUAUGCUACAAACAUCACAGACAUAAGCGCGCUGUGUACCGUUCCUCGCGGAGAUCACACUAUGGACCUGACGACGAUGCCAGCAUGGUGGUAUUGCGAUGGGUUUCCUGAUUGCCCAGCAGGGGUUGAUGAAAAUGACUGUCCGUCACCAUGGUACAACCGGGCCUAUUUUCUUAAUUCUACAACUUGCGGUCGGAGGGGGAACACCCCCGUCUCCAGCCCUCGGAUUGUGGGUGGUACACCAGCCUUAGCUGGUAAUUGGCCCUGGAUGGUGUCCCUCAGACAGAGCUCAAGCGGUGAACACUGGUGUGGAGCAACGCUCUUAUCCGAGUACUGGGCCCUGACAGCGGCACACUGUUUCGAAUGGUUUGACUUUGCUGUUCUUGGUGAUGUCCGCCUCGACACCAAGUCCUCAUAUCAUGUCGAUGUCAAAGUCCGAGACAUGUACAUCCACAAGAGUUGGGUCCAAAAGCCGAACCCGAAUGGCAGUGAUUUUUACCACGACCUGGCAUUGAUUAGGUUUGUCCGUCCUGUCCAACUCAACGAUCAUAUCAACGUGGCUUGUUUACCUGAUCCUGGAAUGACGCCGAUGGCAAAUAUGUCAUGUGUUGCUACUGGAUGGGGUUACAAAGAAGAAAAUGGGAGUGAUGUAGCCAACAAUCUCCAAGAAGUGGAAUUACCUAUUCUUGAUCAUGCCAUGUGUCGGCUAGGAGCACCUCAGCAUCUGAUAUGUGCUGGUUAUGAUGAGGGAGGAUCAGACACCUGUCAGGGUGAUAGCGGAGGCCCGUUGCUCUACCAAUCUGAAGAUGGUCGGUGGUCGGUACUUGGAGUCACCAGCUUCGGGUUCGGUUGCGCAAGGCCGUUAUCACCUGGUUACUAUACUGAUGUAUCGGGUUACUUGGAUUUCAUCUUAGAUGUCUUGAGUGGAGAGGACCAUUCAAUGGUGGUCAGGAAGUCAGUUUAUGCUGUUUAGUAAACAUGGUGAUUUUUGUAUUUUUUGUUUCAAUUUGAAAAGUUUGACUCUUUUCAAUUUUAUUCCUUUCAUUCAACAAGGAACACUUGCACACUAACUUUUUGAUCAAAAACUUGUUAUUGACUGUUUUGCUGGCCAUCACUUUCGCAUAUCUUCUGUCUUAUGUGAAUGAGACCAUUUGUGAUAUAUCACCAGGAACUGCAUGACUCAUUCUUGACUGCCAAUUUUUAUAAUCAGAGGGCGCCCUAUAAACCAAUCCGGGCACGCUAUCACGGUGGCCCCCAUCAAUGGUGAAAGCAUUGUGCUAGCUAUUGUUCAAAUAAGCUGUCAUGGAGCAGUAGCUUCGCACCGUAGCUUGCACAAUGGUUUGUCCAUUGAAGGGGGCUCGUGAGUGUACAGUGCCCACGUGCUCGGGUUCGUUUAUAGUGGAAUCCGCCGACCAGAAUUAGAAGCUGGGUGGUGUCACGCUCACACACAUGCUGCACGCAUUCUUAAAGACGAGGCCAAGGAGUGCAUGUGUACUACCUGAGCACGACUCGCGUGAGCUUUGUGACUUGUCUGUAUACACGUAUAAGACCCAAAAAAAGUCUCCGGUUUCUGGUAUGCGCGCGCGUCGCCGUAGCCAUGCG